GGGGUAAGGGCGGGAGUUCGGCAAAGCUCGGCUCCGCUCGGCUCUUCUCGUGGUUGUCCCCAUCCGAGCUCCCGUAUUACCCGGCGUGCAGCUUGAGGCAAGAUGGAGGAGCCGAGCGGCUGAGGGAUGUUGACAAACUAGAGACCGAAUCGGGCCUUAAAUCGGGGGGAGCGGCGAUGCGAGGAGUGUGCUGUCAAUCUGGCUUUGAAUAAUUUUAGACCUACAUCAUGAGCAUUGUUCACGACAAAUUAGGUAACGAAUUCCUCAGGAACGGUGGGAUGGAACCAAACUUUUCUUCUGGCAUGAUCAUGUUCAGUCACCUCCCACCAAUCACAAAUUUUUCCAGCCUCGCUGCUCAUUCUGUCACACCAUCUGUACCUCAGGAUUUGAUCCUCAAAAAAGAUCCUGAUGCUCCAGCAGAAAAGUACCCAUCAGAAUAUGUGCAGCCCAUCUCGGAUGUUAAAGAGAAAAAGUUCUCCGCGCAUGAUGGAUUUUUAUUUUUUAAGAAUAAGCUUCUUGAGGAAGAGGAGAUGGGCAGGGGACAGAACAUCUUGACCCACAACCUAACUCAUACUGGUGUAUCACAAGUCAGAUAUGAAAAAGAUUACCUCACUGUUCCAAAACAAGGGACUGUUAAGAGGGCAAAGAAACAAAAUUCCCAAUCUCAGGAUACGAAACCCAAGCGGAAACGAAGUGAAACGUCCAAGUCUUCAGCAGGUGGAGAUGGUACCAAUCUUUUACAUGGUCCGAAGGUUCACAUAUGUGAGCAUUGCUGUGCCUCCUUUCGUAGUUCUUACCACCUUCGUCGCCACGUCCUCAUUCACACUGGUGAACGGCCUUUCCAAUGUAGCCAGUGUAAUAUGUGCUUCAUUCAGAAGUAUCUCCUUCAGAGGCAUGAGAAGAUCCACAGUGGAGAGAAGCCGUUCUGUUGUGAUCAGUGUAAUAUGAGAUUCAUCCAGAAAUAUCACAUGGAAAGACAUAAACGGACACACAGUGGAGAAAAGCCUUAUCAGUGCCACACUUGCCAACAGUAUUUUUCCAGAACAGAUAGGUUAUUAAAGCACAGACGUACAUGUGGUGAAGUCCUUGGAAAAAGUGAAAAUGGAAUGGAACCUGGACCAUCUGGUCAAAUUGGAAAUGGUUGUUUCACUUCAUCUCAGGGAACGACAGGAGCACGCAAAAAAGCAAAAUCUAAAGCUACAUCUCAGGAGACCAAGGACAAGGCAGUCCGUAAAAAGAAUAAAUCUAACAUGUCUGAACUGCAAAGUAGCUUAACCAGCUGCAAAGAUAAAUUGUCUGUGUAUAACAUGCAUGAAUAUGCUGUUGAAAUGCCAAUGGGGUCCUCCAGCAUAAAGUUGGGAAGUACAAGUGAAGAGGAUUUACAAACAAGAGCACCUAAAUUGGUAAUUAAAAAAGUAAAUCGGAAGAGCCCUCAAAGGACAGGUCUGAACAAUGCAGCACAUCUUGUUAUACCUGCCACGGAGCUGAUGAGGCAAAAGUUGAUGGCUAAUAAACAAGGGACUGUGGAAUUGAACAGCAACACCAGCAUGGAUAAUAUCGUCUUGCUGCAGAAUACAGGCAAUAAAACAGAACAGGCUAGUAACUGCAACUAUGAUGAUGCUAUGCAGUUUUUUAAGAAAAAAAGAUAUUUGCAAGCUGCCUCCAGUAACAAUGACUAUGCAGUGAGUAUAGGACAAAUGGCAUCUCAGCAGUCUGUAAUCCAGGCAGCAGUUGCCAGUGUGAUGGAUAACGAAACCUCACUUACACUGCUGGAUUCUUCUCCAAUGAAUGUGGAUGUGAAAGUUUGUCAUGAGAAGUCUGGAAUUCCAGAUGAAGUCCUUCAGAGCCUUUUAGACCAAUAUUCCCACAAACACGAGGGCCAGCACGAUGUUCCUUUUGAUAUUGCUGACCAACAUAUGCCAAUCCAUUCUUCGGGAGAAAAUCCAGAGAUGCAUGAGGAAGCCGUUUGCUCUGAACCACAUACGUCUCGUAGUGACAAAACAGGAAUGCUCCAAGAAUAUUCUAAGUACCUCCAGCAAGCUUUAGAAAGAACGAGUCAAGGCGAUGGGUUUUCAUUAACCCCAGGGAUGCAGUUUUGUCCCAGUAGUCUUCCAUCAAGUCUCCCCAGCCAUAACUUAUUCCCUGAUAAACAGGCUUACACAACACCUGCACUUGAGUGUGGUUUCAGUCCAUCUAUUACCUCAGUGUUGCCAACCACCUCACCAAAACCACAUUUUGGUUUGUUGGUUGGAAGUUCCCAACCUGGCAUUCACUUUCCCAGUACAGAAACUGCUCAUCAAAGGCUGACGCCAUCUCAGGAGUUGGUUGGGCAGCUGGAACAACAAAAGAACUUGGAGGGUAGCCUGAAUCAUCAGGUCUAUCAGAUUGAGAAUUUUGCCCAGGCCUUUGGCUCUCAGUUCAAGUCAGGCGGUAGAGUGCCAAUGACCUUCAGCAGUGGCACCAGUGAAGAAGCAGGCCACCGAAUAAGGACUACAGUUUCUGAAUUCUCAGGGUACACUAAUUUGUUGUCUGAUGCUAAUGAGCCAAUUAGUACGGGAGCCAAGACUCCGACCAGCCAAAGUUACAGGUAAGGUCAUAAGAAUGACCAGGCUGGAGGGCCUUGAGUGCUUGAUACCAUGUUUUUAACCAUGUGUAAGCACAUUGCCAGUCCAAAUGUUUAUAUAUCAGGUUCUGAGAAAAAAAUGAAAAAAAUUAAUGAAGCCCUUCCAAUGCAACAUUUUACCAUUUUGUUUGGUGCAUUCAGUCUGUAAUCAUGUUAGAACAGUUUGUAUUAGGAAUAAAUUUUAAACACAGUGGAUAGGCAGAAAUUUAACUAAGUCUUGAUUUUUUUUUCUCAGUGGAUUGGAAAAUGUUUUAGCAAAAUAGCAUGACUUGGAUGGGGUUAAAUGUUUUUGUGGGAUUUGUUUUUUAAUUCAACUGUACCAUUAAUGGAAGAAGCAUAGCUGUUAGAACAUCAGGGAAAUGUUCAACAUACAAUAUUGAAAAAUAGAGACAUCAUUUCUAUUGAGCUAUGGCUCUUGUUUAUAGUACAACUCAGGAAACAUGAUGCAGUAAGGGGAGAUUUCUGUUGAAUCAAAUUCCACAAGCACUGACUUGAAAGGGGAACAGAACAUUGAUGUUAGAAAAAUUACAGUGUACAUCUGUGCAUUCAAGCACUUGGUCCCUGAAAACAGCUUUGAAACCACAAGGCAUCAGCCUCAUUGACUCAAAAGGAAUUAAUAAUUUGACCAAUUUCAUUUCAGUAUAGUAAUUAAAAAAAAAAGCUAAAAAUUUUUAAAAAUUAGGUAGAGCAACACUUUAUUUACCUCAUUCUACAUUUUAAAAGCCGUGAAUAGGCAGGUACCAAUGCAAGUAUCAGUAGUAAAAGUAGCAUGAAUCAACAUUGCGUAAAUGUAAUAAUUCCUGUUGGACGCUAUUGUUAAUGUUAGCAAUGUUUACAGGGAAAAAGAGAACUUUUGUUUUAGAAAAUUGUAAAGUACAGGGUGAAAGGAUGAAACCACAGUUCUGUACAGUGAAAUCUGCAAAGUAUAUUGAAAAGUUCAGUAUGCUAGAUCAUACUUAAGUCCUUUAUACAUUUCAUAGUGUUGCAAAAGAAUAGUGUUAUAAUUCAGAUUUACCCAUCAGUUUGAUAGGUAACCUGCUAAUAUAAUAGCCAUUAAAAGUGUGUGGUAAUUUGCUGCUUUGUUUUGAGUUGUAAGACCUUGGAAAAACAAGAAAUGGUCACAAGUAUCAAAUCUAGUUAAACCGACAAAUGCCUGGUUGGCCCAGUUGUAUAUAUUCAAAGUAAUUUUACUUUGAUCCUAUAUUCCAUCCUAAAUGCCUGAGGCCGUAAUUGAUUACAGUACAUAAGCUUCGUUAUUUAUAAUUCAUAAAUAGUUUGUGUAGUUUCAGGAAAUUGUCUUGUAAAGUUGCUAACCAUUAUAUUGUAUGUUUGGAGAAAGUUGUAUUUGACUUGAAUUAUUUCAAGGGUCAGUUAGAAAAUCUCCCUUAUCCAGAAAGAACAAAUGGAAUCCUAGGUAAACUCUGGUUGUGGUUUGUGUGUCUAGAGUCAAGAAUAUCUCCUCAGGAUCUUCAAAAUUUCAGACAUCAGAUGGUGCAUUGAUCGUAAAUUACCUAAGCAACAAUAAUCAUGAUCUGAAGCUUUCCCUAUUUAAUUAUCUUAACGUGAUGAUCUUUUGCCACAACCUGCUCACUUUGCUAACUCAGCCUAAUUCUAUGACAUUUCACCAUUAAGCAAGUUUAAUCUUUUAAACGAAUGCAAACUAAAUGGGAUAUAGGUUACCACCGUUUUUAAUUGAGUCAGCACCCUGCCUGUGUUUUGCUGUCGAGUUGGCCUAACAUUUUUGAUUUGGUCUUUGAAAGAACACGUCAUGAAGGAAAAGCUUUGCCCUAUAGCCAGUGUAAUGAAACUGUCAAAAUUAAAGCAUUGUAGGACUUCAAAUUUGCACAGACAAAUUAGGUUCAGAUGAAGGAAGCCCAAUUAGAUGAAACCUAUUGUCUUUCCUUUACAGUGACUUUACAGCGAACACUCUUGUUGGUAGCCCAUUGCAUUUAUCUUAGAUUCGUGCAUCAUAACUCUGAAUACUUUUGUCCUGCUACUGUGAAUUAUCUAAAAUUAUGGCUUUAUGUUUCUGUUCUCUGAUUUCUGUAUGUUACUUCGGUGAUCUCUCUUGAGGCUUAAGAGCUCCACAUAAUCAUCUUAUUCCUUAAAACAACAUCGUAUGGCACUAUUUAGUGACAACUGAUAAUUGUUCUUCACUUUAAAACGUUAACUCUUUUGUUCUGGGAAGGUGACUAGAUCCAGAUUUUAUCUUUUAAAAUAUCAUAGCAUAUUCAUUCUCUACAGAAUUCUCUGUUGCUUCCUAGCCUUCAGUAAUUGCUGCAGCAACUGAAGCUGGGAGGCAACAAAGAAAAAAAAAUGACACAAAUCCCUGUGUUUAACUGUGCAUUGGUCUACCCGAGCAAAGAUUACAUAUGCUUUAAAGUUUUCUUUAUCUUCCAUGAUACUUUGUCAGAAAAAGCUUUUUUGACUAGAAUGUUGAACCUAUUUUGACUCUAUUUCUGUUGUCAUCCAUGUCCUUCAUUUGAAAACCCCAGCUAUGUUCUGAGUAAGUGAAGUAAAGAAGGCAUGGAGGGGGUGAUGAGUGCCGGGGGGAGGGGGCUGUGGUUUAUUCCACAAUUUUUAAUACAUUUUUAAACUAACAAAAUUGCAUUUUGAAAAAAUUUGUUUUAUUGACUAUAAAAAUAAGGAGCUAAAGCUGCUAAGACAAUGGUAUAAAACUAAACUAUUCUAAAAGAGAUUUGGCUAUUUAUUGGAAGGGUAGUCGAUUUUGAAGGUGUUUGCAGUACGUUUUGAAUAUAGCCUGUCAACUAAAUUUGUAGUAGUCCAACAAUGUUGAAUGUCUAUUAAAAUUGACCGAAAUGUUACUUUAUUUUCUUGCUGUUCGUCGUGUUCAGCUAAACAUCAAACUUGCUUUAUGUAGAAAUUGUGACUUGCAGUAAAAUAUAUCUAUAAAAAGCUCCAUAAGUUGUUUUGGAUGCUUCCCUUGCAUUUCAGUUGAACCCUUAUUUUCAUGACUGCACUGGUGUGUGAUUUAAAGGUGACAACAAAGCUUUGUAUUUCAAAUAUUAAUGGGUUAAAUGAGAAACUUAUUUUUUAUAUACCAAAAAUCAAAAGCAAGUAUUUCAUUUUGAGCAAGAAUUGUCACUUCACAAUUUCAAACCUAACUUCUAUGCUAGAACAGAAUUCCAUCUUGUGGUUGGGAUAUCUUUCCCCUACUGAUAUGCAGUCACUGCUGAAUGAAGCUGUAGUUCUAUAGGACUAGGGCACUGCAGUCCUGACUUUGCAAUGGCAGUAAUGAACAGGCCAUACUAUGAGAGUAGUUGUACAAUGACGUCAUCCUAACAGUGAGGAAAAAAAAAAUCAAUAUGGUUUUCCAGCUUUGUAUGCCCUACCUUAUUGUCUUGACAUCUUGACUGAAGAAAUUUUCCAUGGGGCUAUUCUAGGAUUGAAACAAACCCAUUUAAAAAUAAAUGUUUUGUUAGAAUCUAAUGAGAUUAAAUCACUUAAAGUUGCUGUUUAUUCUUUCCCCACCAUGAUGCAAAUAGAGAAAACGAAAGAGACCAGUAAUGGUUAAUUCCAUUUUGUUACACACUUAUCUCUAAAAAUUAAUCUCCAAAAUAACCUAAAUUGAUUCCAUCAUUUAUUCUCUGAAGUGAGUACUUCAAAUUUUAUACCAAAUGAAGGAUGUCUACAAAUCAGUUUUCUGAUUUUAGUUGUUGUCCGAAGUGAGAUGGGAGUGUUCUUUGUAGUUUAAGGUAUUUGUUUUACUUUGACUUCUACUAUUGCCUUCGUGAUUGCACAGUUCAUUGCUUACUAGUUUUAAUCUCCAGUUACUUAUGUUAUCUGAUUGAAAUUACACAGGCCUGUUCCUAACCCUUUCGUUGUUUUCCCACCAGUUUUGAUUAUUACCUAUUCAAAAACUUGGUUUUGUAAUUUUGCCUUCCUUAUUUAAGGACACUGUCAAUCAUUGAAUCCAGUGCAUAGACUUCACAAUACCAUAGAGGAUGACAGUUACAAAACAUUUUCUGAUGAUUUGUUUUUAAAGUGACCAGAAUAUAUAAUCUUUUGCACUCUAUUUAGACUGCUUUUGUCAGAACAUUCUAAACUAAAUCAGAUACUGUAUAUAACUGCUCGAUUUCUGUAAAAUAUCUGUCAAAUCUGACUGGAUUAUCUGUUCUAACAGUUUGGCUAAUUGCAAGCUUCCAAUAGAUUAGGUGAAUUUUCUGAUAUUUUAAUAUUCAUGACAGAGAAUACAUUGCAUCAGAAGAAUCUUUCUUCCCGCACCUUCAUUUCAUUUUAAUACUAAUGUUUGACACCAUAAAACAACUUGCACACACAAAGGAACAUAUAACCUAAGAGUGUGUGUAUGUGUGAGACUAUGAAUAAUGAUCUGUAGUCAGUAAUAUUUUGCAUUGAAUUUUUGUAAAAUGUUCAACUGAUAAAAUUGAGUUUGGAUUUCAGGAACAUUCAGAUUGUAGUCACACUUAAUAUAAUUUGGUAUUUUUGUGUUGUUAUAUUUUUACCUUCAAUUCAAAAGUGAAUUGUUAGGAUAUUUGAUUAUCAACAUAGGGAGUAGGCCUCCUAUGACUUCAAAGCAAUAAUGAAUGUGGCACAGUAAAUUCCUGUUUCCAGCCUCCGUUGAUUAGGAUGGAACAAAGUUGAUUGUUCCUGCUCUAUUAGUACAACAGACCUCUGCUGUUUUUAAAAUCACAGACUUUAGAAAGGGUUUUCUUUAGUUCUCAUGCUCUGAUAACUCCUCCAUUGCUCUAUGUAUUUUAUUUACCAAGACUUUGUCAAUUUUGUUUAGUUUAAGGGCAUUACAGUGUCAUUUGCUGCUAGUAACCCAAAUCAGGCCGUAGUGCUAUCUUGAGUGGUUAAAACCUAGUUAUCAAAACGAUCACAAGUAAUUGUUGAUUGUCAGUCAACUGCCCAGUGUUAGAAUUCUUUUAAGUAUUACUGAAGUGAUAACUGUAGCAAUAAGUACAUUAGGAAGAACAAAUUUAUUCAGAUAUAAUAUGUAGCUGGAAAUGUUUAUUUCCUCGUAGCUGGCCUAAAAUUUAUCCCUUCUAAAUUCACUGGACCAAUUUGUCAGAUGUUUUUUGAGCAUAAUUGUUAAGGUUCAAGUUAUUAGAACCAAUGUUGUUACUACAAUGAAUUAUUGUAUUUCAUUCACACAUUUUGGGAAUAAUAUGGAUGAAUUUGGACUUGUAGUAGUUAGUUAGGAAAAUACUGGCAUUGCCUUGAAGGAAAUCUCCUCCAGAAACUGCUGCUAAAUUUAGCAGGCAGGUUUUGCAAGGUGAAAUCACCACAGAUAAAAUUAAAUCUGUUAUUUCCACAGUAUUUGAUAUUAAGCAUUCUUGUAAAAUACUGGUUGCCUGGAAAUUAUCCCAGUAUGAGAUCACUAAUCAAUUAUAUUAAUAUUCAAUACAACUGUUUCAAUUUUUAAAAAAAAGCUUUUUCAAUUAUUGGUUUCAUCUGAAAGAUUUUGUUUCUAAACAGGGAAGACAGUAAUGCAGUGUGACUUAAAAUAACUUUGUUUUCUGCAAGGUCACUGAACAAACUACAUGAAUAGCUUCCUAAGUAGCUGAGUUAUGUGGGAAAUUAACUUUCUUGUUUAAGGCUUUAAAAAGCUAGUGAUUAAAAUACCAUGGUGAAAUCAGACUUUGUUUUUAAACCAGUAAUUUCAUUCAAUGUGUAAUACUCUCAGAAUAUUGUAUGCGUCUUUUUUUAAUGUGUGAUAAUUAAAGGGGCACUGUGAAACCUGGCCUCCUAGCUACAAGAUUCAUAAUCCGAGAACUUGCAGACAAAUGAACCUCGUGGAAGGGCUGUUAGAGAACGAAUAUUCAAGUUGAAAAUUAUUUAACACUGUUUAUCAGGAUGGUUUGUUCUGGCUAUCUGGAGCACGAAUUUGAGUAAAAGGCAAUAAAGUGUGGGCUGCACUCUUUCCUGUGGUUAUGUUCAUCACUUAGUUUUUAACCUUCAUAUGGAGCAGAUGAAUUUUGUUUUAGAAUUUGGGAUCUGAGAAUUUAUUUCAGGGUUUAAUUUCAAAUGAAAGGACACUAGACUUCAAAAAAAAUUUUAAAUCUGGAUGAUAUUCCACUUCCUGUGUUAUUUUAAAUCAUAUUCUCAUAUUGAAAGCCUUUAAUAUGGGGUUGCCUUUGUAGCACUGAAUAGUUCAGCAAAGGAUUCCAUUUUUAAAUAUUCAGAGCUGUCUGUAGUAUUUAACUUUUUUCCUUGUGCAUUUAUUUUAAGAAGACAAAUUUGCAAGAUUUUAACAUUUUAAUUAUAUAGCGUGGUGGUAAUAGAGAAUUAAGGUCAGCAUUCCCUUUCUCACUCUCACAAGCAGUUGAAUAAUGUUUUGCAGGUUAAGGGGUUAAAGAACACUAAUUCUGAAAGAACUCUGAAAUUACUGUUAGAUUCCUGUUCACAUUUGGACCAACUUCAUAAUGAUUUGAGGAAAACCUUUUUUACAUCACAUCUGGUUUAUAAAUGCUAGUUGAAUUCCUGGAGGUUUCAUGGCAUGACUAUCUACCUCCAACUCUCCACCCAGUCAAUUAAUCUUCAUUUUGUUAGUUGUAAGAAUUUGUGGGGGAAUAAAAGUAAUUAGCCUGAUGAUUUAUUUUUCUCUUGGGUUAGUGUCUGAUAGAUUCAUCUUUAAUUCCCGGAAACUUCAGACUGAUCCUGGAGAGUUGAUGGUCCUGAUUGCUCUUGAUACCCUAAGAGUUAUUUAGUAGUCGUCCUCAAGUCAGGAAAACCCUUGGCAAUAUGAAAAUAACAGUACAGAUAUUGUUGAUAAUUAAUCCAGGUGGAGAUCUAUGCAAUAUUUUUCAUAAAUGCACCAUAUUUCUUUCCUACUAAAGAUAUUUCUCAGAUUACAACUUUUAAGAUGGCAUUAGCAAUACCUUGAUCUUUACACAGCUGGGUAUGUAUGAAAGCAUGGAUACUAUGCUGAUCUCUUGUGGAGCCACAGAUAAACAUUGUUUAUCAAAAGCCAUUACAGUGUAUGCCUUGUAAAUAUUAUACAUUAAUUAUUAAUACUUUCACCAGAAUUCAGAUAAUGUGAAUGUUCAUAGGUAGAUUUUUUCAAGUGUUGAAACAGCAAUUAUCAAAUUUAUUGACUACUUAUCCUGUUGUUCUCAUGAGGUGUGAAAAAGCUGGAGUCAGUGAUUUGUUACACCGAAACAGGGGUUACUUUUUAAGAGCUGAAACAAUUUCACAGUAAAAUUGCAUGCAAAGCAAGACUUUAGUCCAUGUUCUCUUCAAACCAGCAAGACAGUACAUAUGCAGGACAAGUGAUUUUUAAAUCUCUUAGCUGAAGCACCAACUCAUUUGUGUCUAUCGUCAUCCAGCCUCAAUGAAUUACUGCAUGACCGUCACACUGGCUUAUACUCUUCCAACUGUAGAGCCAUCACAUUGCACUCAGUAUCCCAGCCAGAGAGCCUUGCACCCUCAAGGAUCCACCGCACCAGUUAUGGCAUUCCCUUCUACAUUGUAACUCUUUUAAUAAAAGUUGAUAAUUACAUCAGGAACUCAGUAACAAAAUAAUAUCAUUGCACUCUUGUCUAUUAACCCAGAAAUGGUUGAGGAUGCCUCUUUUGCUUGCCACAUCAAAUCAGUUCAUCACACCUUUUCUAAAAGACUCAAUAAAUGUGCAAGUUUAGAUUUCCAAAAAAGAAAUUCACAUAUUGCAGUUAAAGGGAGUAAAGUUUGUUAUUUUUGCACAUGACUUGUUCUCAACCUGUGUAGAGGUAAAAAUAUUAUGUCAUGGACAUGAGUGAAGGGAACUGAAGAGGUGAGGGUUCUACAGUAAUGGUGUACUUAGAAAGCAUGUCACAAAAUGGGGAUUUAAAGCCACAUUUGCAGUAUUAAAGCACCAAAAACAUUUGCAAAAUUUUUUAACCAGGAAAGUCUGUUGUCUCUAUUUAAACCAUUAGCCUUAUAUAUUAACAUACCACAUUUACCUCACAAUAGCAGUUUUUGUAGAAAGUGUUUAAUUGUGCAUUUUUUUUUACAAGUUUGUAAGGAAACUGUUUACUUCCACUCAUUAUGUGAAAUAUAUUUGUAUUAUGCAAGGACCCUUCUGUUACCAUUGAGCAGUGUAUCUUAUUUACUUCACACUUGAUUGAAAUUAUGUAAUGGAUUAUGUCUUUUACCUUUUUUUCCUGUUUGUAUAGAUCAUGAGAUAUUUCAUGUGAACUUUCUUAAUGGUCAAUUUAGUGUGUGUGGUGCACCGUUUAUGACAUCAA